AUGCACUUCUCCACGCUAUUCUUCCUAGUAGGAACCGCAGUGGCCUUGACAGACAUCGAACACAAACCCUUCAUGCGCAAGAACAUCGACCCUUUAGUCUUCCCAGGAAAAUACAAAUCGCACAUGCACUCCUUCUACGGCUCCGACACAAUAACCAAGGACCUCCCCACAACCGCCGAGCUACAAAAAGGCUGUCCGUCAGGCGAGAACCCCAAUGAUCUCUCAAUAUAUUGUAUUCCAACCUACCUCCUUUCACACUUCAAAACUAAGACGCGACAUAGGGGCCCCAACACUCUACUACGUGAACGGAGAAAUAUACACAGAAAUCUACCCCGCAACAUUCAAAACCUACUACGAACAAAUCGACCAUGCCGAGAUUGCCUUCCCACCCAACUUCGCUGCCAUCGCCGGGAACGCAUCGGCAAAAUCGCAAUCUGAUAUCAACGAGAAAGUCAACGCUCUAACAUGGUGGUGCGAUGCCGGACCGGAAGAUCGCAGUUCUAGACCUAGAGCUACGUUUCCGAGAGUGACUUGUACGGCGCAUAUGCAGGUCAUUUUGAGAUUCCCCGAUUGUGUGGAUGUGAAGGAUGUCAAGAGGUAUGCUUAUGCGGCUGAGAAUGGGGGAAGUUGUCCGACUGGCAUGAAGAGGAUGCCGAGUUUGAGGUUUAGUGUGAGGUAUGAUACUAAGAAGACAAUCCCACAAGGGUGGAAAGGUGUGCCGCCUUUUAAGCUUGCUUGUGGUGAGGUGAGUUUUGCACCGAUCACACUAUUAUAUUGUGGGUAUUAAAUAUGUUGACUUUGCUGGUAGAUUGGUGAUGGUUAUUGCUUCCAUGGCGACUUUAUUAACGGAUGGUAUGAAGAUGCUGCUAAGAAUAUGCUGAAAGCGAAAGGACAAACUUUCAUGAGAAUCGAUGGCGCACAUGGGAAUGGAAAGCAGUAUAGUAGUUGCAAGGCUACAGAUCGAGAUCCCAAUAAUGGGACGAGUGAUUAUAAGAAGAGCUUGCAGAUGAUGAUGGGAAGCGACUAG